AUGCUGCCGACCCUGAAAUGUCAGCUGAUGAGUGAUUACAGUGAGUUGCCAGUCGCCCGUUUGAGUAAAAAGGAAGAGGGCAUAGAGAGGGAUUUACUUCGAGAAAUGGACUUUGGAGAAAUCAUUGAUGAUUUUGCCUCUAAGAAAGCACAGAAGUCACCGAAUAUCCCCGUUCGUUAUAAAUGCCCUACUAAUAAAACACCGCGUAGAAAUAGAGCAUUCAGACAUCAAAAAGUUCCGUAUAUUGUCAACGUUCAAAAAAAUGAACACAAUGAAUGUGGAGGAAUUAUAAUAACAUCUGAAAUUAUUCUGACAGCCGCUCAAUGCUUUCAUGAUGAAAAUGCAUUCUAUAGCGUUCUAACUGCUUCAAUGCAUGUAGGUGGUAGGACAAGACGAAAUAUAACACACAAAAUCAUAUAUCCGCAUUUCAAUGGGGAUACACUUACUGGCGAUCUUGCCUUGCUCAUAAUUCAACCGCCUAUCGACUUGGUACAUUCACCUAAUCGAAGAAUAGAAAUUUACAAUGGAAUUUUACCGACAAAGUCUUAUGUUACUUUGAGUGGCUGGGGACACCUUUACGGAAGCGGAAGCAGAUUAGUAGUGUCCAGACAUUUGCGAUCCAUCAUUGUUCCUACAAUCAGCGUAGAAGAGUGUCGAAGUUUUUACCAUGACGUAAGGUUAAUUACAAAUCAAGAGAUUUGUACUUUUGAUAGAGGGGGAGAAAAAUACGGAAGCAACGGUGAUGCUGGCGGUCCUUUAGUUUUUGGUGGUAAACUGGUUGGUGUUUAUUCUUGGGGUGGAGACGGUCAUCCUCGAGAAAAUCCUGAUGUUUUUAUGAAUUUGCUUUAUCCUUUGUAUAGAAACUGGAUCCUAGCAAACGUUCGGUUACAUCAUGGAUGGUUUUAG